GCCCUGGACUCUGCACACAGUGGGCAGCGGGCAGCCGCCAGCGCCGGGAAGCUUCUUCUCCCGCCUCUCCGCUCUGAUUCCCGAUCCUUCUCCCAGAGGCCACUCGCUGUCUCCGCGGACUCCUGCUCCAGUCACCCAAGGCCACUUUGCCGCCUCCCAACCCGUCCCGCCGGGCUACUUGGAGGGGAGGGCACUUUCCGGAGCUCAAAGUUGCCCAGCGUGCACGGUCAGACCUGGCGAGUGAGCUCGGACUGAAGUAGCCGCGCCAGCACUAGGCAACUUUGAAGAAAAGAGCAGCAGUCCCCGCAGAGGACCGCAGCAGCUACGAUGACUCCCUGGCUUGGGCUUGCCGUGCUCCUGGGUUGCUGGAGCCUUGGGCACUGGGGCGCGGAGGCAUGCACAUGCUCGCCCAGUCAUCCCCAGGAUGCCUUCUGCAACUCCGAUAUCGUGAUCCGAGCCAAAGUGGUGGGAAAGAAGCUGGUGAAGGAGGGGCCUUUUGGCACGCUGGUCUACACCAUUAAGCAGAUGAAGAUGUACCGAGGCUUCAGUAAGAUGCCCCACGUGCAGUAUAUCCACACGGAAGCCUCUGAGAGUCUCUGUGGCCUUAAGCUAGAGGUCAACAAAUACCAGUACUUGCUGACAGGCCGUGUCUACGAAGGCAAGAUGUACACAGGAUUAUGCAACUUUGUGGAGAGGUGGGACCAGCUCACCCUGUCCCAGCGCAAGGGGCUCAACUACCGUUACCACCUGGGUUGCAAUUGCAAGAUCAAGUCCUGCUACUACUUGCCUUGCUUUGUGACCUCCAAGAACGAGUGUCUCUGGACCGACAUGCUCUCCAAUUUUGGCUACCCUGGCUAUCAGUCCAAACACUAUGCCUGCAUCCGGCAGAAGGGUGGCUACUGCAGCUGGUACCGAGGAUGGGCCCCUCCAGACAAGAGCAUCAGCAACGCCACAGACCCCUGAACUCAGACCCACCCCACCUCAUCUCCUUCCCAUCCCACUGAGCCUCCCGGACACUAACUCUUCCCAGAUGAUGACAAUGAAAUUAGUGCCUGUUUUCUUGCAAAUUUAGCACUGGGGACACUUAAAAGUCUCUGCUGUUUAUGGAGUUGAUUUGAAAAUACCUUCCUGGCCCUGCCCCUAUCCCUUCUUUUUUGGUUUUGACAUCACCCCUUUGUAACUGGGAAUCCCUGAUGCCAAGUCAGAGAGAAUGAGGCAUGUAUACACCUCUUCUUCAUGAUAUAUAAUCUAUAUUUUUUUAGGAAAACAAAAAUUGAAAAAUCUAUCCCAUUUGGGCAUUUCAUAGCUACUCCUCUUUCUUCCUCUCUUCACCACAUCCUAGACCUACUUCCAGUUACUCAUCUUCAUCCUGGUCCACAAAGAACAUAGAGAAGGAGGUUGGUAGAAGUCCAACUUUUUCCAAAUCAGUCAAGAGCAGACAGAUGCCAGAUAUUCAGAAGACCUUAUGCACAGAGGAUAGACAACUGUGUAUCUGGGUCAGAUGGUCUGUCUGUGUCUGCAUGUCAGAGUGAGGGAGGGAAAGGGUAAACUGCAGGGGUAGGUCUGAGGUGACACACAAUUCCCCAGCUCAGUGAUACUUGGGUUGACUAGAUGUUUCAGAUUCUGCAGCAAGCACCCAUGUCAGAGUAACAGAACUUGCUGCAUUGGUGAAGACGUAAACAUCUGCCUGAGUUCAGCAGACAACCUGUCUGCUUGUACAAAAACUCAGGCAAAGGGUUGCAAUGAACAUCUUUCCCUCUUGCCUCCCAUGAGACAUUCUCCUGGGGAUUCUUGGGGAAGUUUGGUUUGAAGCUUGCCGAUAUGUAAGCUGGAGAAAUACACACCAGACACUAGCCACAGAUAUAGUCAAGUAGAUUUGGGUAGAGAAUACUAUCUCCAAAGUAGUGUUUAGCUCAUCUAGGGGAAUGUGUUUAUAUAUACAUUUUCAUACACCCACAGGGGGAUUAUGAGCUAAUUUUUAUAGGACACAGAAUUCUAUUCAAUGCUGUUAAAUAUGCAAAUGGUUUAAUCUCUUUCCUUUUGUUGUUUGACGGGAAAUUGUGACAUUCCAAGUUGACAUUUUUUUCAUUUGAAUUAAACAUUUGAAACUCCGAAAGCCCUCAGCACCCUCUUGUCCCUAUAACUGGGAUCAUCUGACCUCUCACCUCCUUUCUUCCUUCUGCCUUGUGUCCCCGUGGCCUUUACUUCAUUGCCUUACUGGCCAGCUGGUGGCAGGUGAGUGUGAGUGUAGGUUAGGGGCCUUCACACGAGAGGGACAGUUGCACAGCAUCCUGCUCUGUGGAGUGCCUCCUCUCCUGCAUCUGGGGCAGAUCUUCCCCAGCUCAGCAGUGGGUGAACACUACCUCCUUAGGUGGUCACCUCACAGAAUAAACAUGGUUGGUCGCCGAGAGAGCCAGGCUCUGCUGUCAACAUGUAGACUUUUUGUUGUGUUGUAUUUUUGUUUUUAAAAUAAAACUAUAAUAUAAAUUUUCCUAUUAAAUAAGAUUAUUUUAAGUUUUAGUGUCAAAAAUGCAUUGCCAAUAGUAGGUGAUAAUGUGUAUUUUACAGACUUUGAGGUGGUAAGGUGGUGACAUUUAACAUAAUUACUCUCUGUCUCUUUAGAUUAUGGGUAUAUAUCCUCUAUUAGUAUCAUAUCUUCAGUUCAUUCCACUUUAGGAAACAUAGUUAGCAAUUAUAAGUAGAAAGAGAGAGAGAAAAGUCAACAUGUUCCUCUAGUGUCUGCCCCCAAUGCCACCCCACAUACACCAUGCUUUGGCCUGGUGUUUGAUGGAACAGCAGAGCAGGAAUGCAGUUCGGGCAAUGGGUGUCAAGUUUCCUCUUGGUUGAUUUCAUUCCCCCAUGCUCACAGGGGACAGAGGGCACUGCCCUUUCCACACGUGGAGAAGGAGCUAAGGUCAGAGAGCCAGUGGUUCUUGGGUGUCUUACUGUUGGGGUUCUUUAUUCAGAGUCUCCUAACACGGAUCUCUGGAUCUACCCUGCUCAAGUGCCAUCCCAUAUGUCACCCCAGUGUCUCUUCUAAGUGGUCUUUAGCCAUUCUCAAUGUAUAAUCACCUCACUCCUAGAGGGAGAGACAAGGUGAGGCCUGAGGGUGAGGUACCUGAAGUUAACCUGAAAAUAAAAUCAGCUGGCAGAACCAUGGUCCCGUGUUAUUAAGGCCCUGGCGAGAAGUCCUGGGCAAGGAGGGGGUCUUCUGGAAAAAUCAUGUCACCAGAGGGCAGUUUCUGAGCUUUCUAUAAGCUAUAGCUUUGUUUAUUUCACCUGUUCACUUAUUGUAUAAUUUAAAAUCAUUUAUGUAGCUGAGACACUUUGAUAUUUCAAUCAUAUCAAGAAUGUUUUAUUUUGCUAAAUCAUGUGCCAUGUGUAGGCUGUCCUGUGUACACUGUGUCUAAGAGAAGAAAGAAAGAGAGAAACCCACAUGUCAUUUUCCUGAUUCAAAUUCUAGAGCAGAAUGGAGGGUAAAGCACUGGGUACUCAAGCACUCAGCUAUACUGGAGUUCAAGGAAAUAAAGGCACUAGAAACAGCCUCCCCGACCUCCUCCCCAUGGAAUAAAGGCACUAGAAACAGCCUCCCCGACCUCCUCCCCACGGAAUCCCAAAGGUGGGGAGGAGAAGAAGAAAAAAAAAAACCAAAACAAAAACAAAGUACACUCUUGUCCUGUAUUUCCUAUCCCUGGGCCAUCUUCCACCCACUUCCCAAGAUCUUUCUCCUACUCAACCAGGAAGCUAUGGCUUCUGCAAAGUCUGGGGCCAUGGCAACUGUGACUCCAAGCUCUCUUUGUCUCAUCCAGGCAUCUUUUCUGCCUCCCAGCCAAGGAAUUCCUAUGCACAGGCUCUUGCUCCCCAGACUCACAUCUGCUACAGCCCUGGCAAGGAGCUAAGGGAAACCCUAGUGCCUACCUUCUUCAGUCCUAGCCCUGCCACACAAACACUGUUUCGUGCUGUACUUCUUAAACAAUGAAGGCUAAGCGAUGACUUUUGGGGAUAGAUCGGUCUGGAAGAUAGUGUGGGUGCACUUGCCUCAUGCCAAGGUGGCAUACAGCUGGCAUCCCAGCUACUGAAAGUUAAAAGCAUCACUCUAGUAUCUGUAUUGGAGAGAAACGAUAUAUACAUAAUUACAGAAGCACAGUGAAACGGAGAAGGCAGGAGAGACCAUCUCCACAGGUCCAAGUUGGCUGUCUGGAUUUAGGAGGAGAGGACCUAAGAAAACGACCAUGCUCUGAGGACAGGGUACCUUAGAUUCUCUAUGACUACUUUUCCUCUAGCCAGUUGUCUGUGCUGAAGCCCAGUAAUGAUGAAGAGACACCAACCAGAGAAAACCCUGUCUAGAAGGAAUGUAUUUGUUGCUAAAUUUUGUAGCACUGUUUACAGUUUUCCUCCAUGUUAUUUAUGAAUUUUAUAUUCCGUGAAUGUAUAUUGUCUUGUAAUGUUGCAUAAUGUUCACUUUUUAUAGUGUGUCCUUUAUUCUAAACAGUAAAGUGGUUUUAUUUCUAUCACA